AUGCCUUUCCCCCUGAGGACGGUGUCGCCGCUCAAGCUGUGCCGCCUGGAAGAGGACGCGGCGGCGGCGGCGGCGGCGGCGGCUCCGAGGGACAAAGGAGGCUCGCCCGCCGGGCGAGGCGGCGCGGAAGGGCUCCUCUUCGGCUCCCUGGAGGAGGUCUGCUCGCACUCGCUCGUCUCGCUCCUCUGGCAGCUCUCCGACCUCUCCCGCUGCGCCGGCGACGUCUUCGGCGGCAUCCAGACCCAAGCGGACAGCCUGGGGCGGCGCAGCGCGCGCCUCCAGCACCGCCUCGACUCCCUCAAGGCUCUCGCCGCCCGCCUGGACCACCGCAAAGUCAAAAUCCGUAAGUCUCUCUCGGGGCUGGAGGGAGCCGGGAGGGCGCGGUGGGCGGCUGCCUGGCUGACUUGGCGGGAGUUCAGACCAGGCUGUGGUGGUGGGUUUGCCCUGGGUCGCCUCCUAGAGCCCCUCGUUGCCGUUUUGUGUUGA